AUGGCCGCCCCUCCCGGUGCAGCCCGUGCCCUGCCCGGGGCUCCGGUCCCCGAGCUGCCCGGGGCGCCGCUCCGCGCUUCGGGGUUGACCUGCUCUCCACCGGAGUCCGUCUUCGCGCCGCGAGGCCGCGGGACCCUCUCGGACGAGCACGCGGGCGUCAUCUCCGUGCUGGCGCAGCAGGCGGCCAAGCUCACGACCGACCCCACCGAGACGCCCAUCGUGUGCCUGGAGGCCGACAGCGGGAACAUCAGGAUCCAGAAGCACGACGCCAUCACGGUAGCAGUGCCCAAGCUGGCAUCCUGA